GUUGACAUAUUUGGAAACAAGCUCACUAACGGAGGAGAUUUGAUUAUUGCAAGAAUAAUCAAUGGGCCAUCUGUUGGGGUAGAUGCAAUCAAUGUCAUUGAUAAUCAAAAUGGUACAUAUUCGGUUCGAAUGACUGCGACAAGAUCUGGAAGAUAUGAAAUCAAGAUCAGUCUAAAUGGAUUGUUCAAUGUUUUCAGUUUUUCACCAAUUAAUCUUAAUGUCACGGCAGCAACUCCAACUGCGAGUAUUAAAUUUACAAUUCAGCCUGUCGACAAGUAUGGAAUAUACUUCACGAAAUCAGUCUUAAAUUUUUCGGUGGCGGUAGCCUUGGAAGACAAUUUCUUUGAGCUCAAAGCUGUCGAUAACUUGGAUGGAAGCUUUAUCGUGCAAUACGAGCUCACAAAAGCAGGAGCAUAUAGUAUGUCCAUCAUUCUCGAAAUGAAUCAUAUCCAGGGGAGCCCUUUC